GACCAUUAAGACGUAUGCAUGGGGUGCAGCUGUGCUUGGAUGUUUGUAUCGCAAUUUAUGCACCUCAACUGAUUACAAAACGCCAAGCUGUGGUGGGUUUACACUGUUAUUGUAGUUAUGGGCAUGGGAACGAUUCCCAACCAUUCUAUCUUCUCCAUUCCCACCUAUUCCUGCAGCCAGUCCUAUUGGUUUAAGGUGGUCCAACACAGCCACUAAAAUAAGCAUGAGCGAUGAUAUUAAAUUUUAUCGCAAAUUCUUUGAUCGGUUGACCAGAAAAUCUAUUAUUUGGCAACCAUAUCCGCCUUUGGAACAGAUGCCCGAGGACUGCACACAGGGGAUUUGUAUUUGGGGUUCUGUAAUCCCGUUACUUUCUCUGUGUAUUUGUGAAUGGCAUCAGCCUGAUAGGGUCAUGAGGCAAUUUGGUUACCAACAACCAGUUCCAAAUCCUCCAAUGACUCCUGCUCAUGUGCAUGCGUUGACCCUGCGGGGAAAGACUGAUGACGAUUGGACUACAAUAUUAAGUCCAGCACUUGAGCACUGGGCCAAUCGAUAUGCAUACCACUUUGCACCUACUUCUCCACAGGUUGGACUAUUAGGUCCAAAUUCUGAAUACAUGAGGUGGUAUCGCAGAAAGGGGAAAUUGUACAUUGAUCCUGAUGAAGUUAAAGACUCGAUUGUGGGAGACGUAACUGAAUGCUUGGCAUACUUGACAUCUCCUCAUGGCAGCCCAGAGUUUUCUAUGGAAGCAGUCACAGAGCAGACUAAUCGAUUAUUAUCGAUAUCUGAUGACUAUAGGGCUAGAUUCGUUGAGCCAGCUGAGGAAGCACCCCUUCCCCCUGGUUCAUAUGACGUGGGGACUUUCAAUGUUCCUCCACAGUCAAGGGAGGUUGGAGGGUUACCUAGACGAAGAACGCCAGUUGAGGCGAUGGAUCAGAUGUACCCUACAGUGCCAGACAGAGCAGCAGGGUUAUAUUAUAUUCCUUCUCAGGAGCCCACUUAUCCAUCGCAGUCCCAAUACACAUAUUGGUACACCCCACCUUGCCCUCCAUGUUUUGAGACAUUAGUUCCGAUGACUACUACACAUAUCUGUGAGUCACUUGGUUUAGACUCAUCACCGGAACCAACUAUGUCAUCAGAAAUGAUGGAUCAUACUUUUGGACAUUCCCCUUUAAUGACUCCACAGCCAAGUAUGCCACAGGAUGCCACACAAUCGAGUCAGGAAGCACCUUUUCAUAUUCUGUAA